AUGAAGACUCAAUUCAAGAUGAGGGACCUCGGUUUGCUCUCCUACCUUGGGAUCGAGAUCCAGCAGAGCAGUGGCAUCACGCUGUGCCAAGCGAAAUACACUGUUCGAAUCCUGGAGAUGACGGGGAUGAGAGACUACAAUCACACUCACACCCAGAUGGAGGAAUGGCUCAAGCUCAGCCGCAAGAGCACGGCGAUAGAAGUGGACACGACGGAAUACAGGAGGCUUUUUUACAGCUUCCGCUACCUUGCCCACACACGACCGGAUCUCUCCUUCAGCGUCAGGUUCAUGAGUCUCUUCAUGGAGUGGCCAACUCAGGAGUAUAUGGUGGCCGUCAAGAGGAUCAUGCAAUAUGUUUCUAGGAUGAUCAACUACGGUUUCCACUUUGUGAAAGAAGAGGAGGGACAACUAAUUAGCUAUAGGGACAAUGACCUCAUCGACGACAUUGAUACGCGGAAGACCACUUCUGGUGCUCUGUUCUUCUAUGGUGACAGCCUGGUGAGUUGA